UCAAAAAUGCCGAAGGUGUACGGAACUGGAGCUUAUGAUUUCAAGCGGCAUCGUGUUGCAGAGUAUCCAGUCGAGUUGGCACCUGACAUUCCCGAAAGGGCGCCUGAGCAGAAACCCGGAACGAAUCUAUCAAAUUCCGUUACUCUUCUAGAGAUCCAACGAGAUCGAUUGACAAAGAUUGCCGCCGAGAAUUGGUCUAAAGGCGCCGGCGAUCCUUCGAAGCGAGCUCCGUUUAAUCCUGAGCUUGUGAAGGAGAUUUACGAGACAGAGCUUCUUGUUAAAGGUGGACUUAAGCCUGUUCCUUUGCAGAGGGUUAUGAUUCUGGAGGUAAGUCAGUAUUUGGAGAACUAUCUCUGGCCUAAUUUCGAUCCUGAGACAGCGACUUUCGAGCACGUUAUGUCAAUGAUCCUCAUGAUCAAUGAGAAGUUUCGGGAGAAUGUUGCCCCGUGGACGUGUUUUUAUGAUCGGAGGGAUGUGUUCAAAGGAUUCUUAGAGAGGGUUCUUCGGCUUAAAGAACAGGAGAAAGCGUCAAGUAUUGCAGAGAAGACCAACUAUUUGCUUUUCAUGAUUAAUGCCUUUCAGAGUCUGGAAGAUGAAAUUGUCAGUGAAACUGUAUUGAAGUUAGCAAGUCUGAAGUCGUGGCAUAGUCUGUCUUUUGGUCGAUUUCAGAUGGAGCUAUGCCGUCAUAAUGAUUUAGUCAAGAAGUGGAAACGGAUGAUUAAGAAAGAAGCAAAGCAAGCCAAAGAACAAGGAGAGAUAUUUGAUCCCUCAAAUAUACUUGAAGUGAAAUUUUUGAGGAACUUAAUUGAAGAGUUUCUUGAGAUACUAGAUUCCAAGGUUUUCUCUGACAAGCAAUGUGGUAAUAAUGAUGACCAAAUUGUUGAUUCUAAUACCUUUGGGCAUUUUGAUGAUGCUUGUCUCCUGUACUGUGAGAGGUUCAUGGAAUUUCUUAUUGAUCUUUUAAGCCAGUUGCCAACAAGGAGAUAUCUUAGAGCUGUUGUUGCUGAUGUUGCUGUUGUUGCCAAAUGUCAUCUAAGUGCUCUUUAUACUCAUGAGAAGGGACGGCUUUUUGCACAGCUGGUUGACCUAUUGCAGUUUUAUGAGGGUUUCGAGAUUGAUGAUCAUGUCGGGACACAAUUAGAUGACGAUGAAGUUCUUAGAACUCAUUAUUCUUGUUUUCAGGCUUUUCAGUUGUUGGCAUUUAAAAAAAUUCCCAAGCUACGUGAUCUUGCAUUGGCUAACAUUGGUGCAAUUAAUAAACGUGCUGAUCUCUCAAAGAAAUUGUCUGUACUUUCCCCAGAAGAGCUAAAGGACUUGCUAUGCAAUAAGCUCAAAUUGGUAUCAAAGGAUGACCCCUGGGCAGAAAGGACUGAUUUUCUUAUUGAAGUUAUGGUCUCCUCCUUUGAGAAACGGCAGUCCCAAAAGGAAGCAAUAAAUGCUCUUCCCCUCUACCCAAAUGAACAAAUAAUGUGGAAUGAAAGCCUUGUACCAAGUAUCAACUACUCAGGAGAAGGUUGCCUGGCUCUCCCAAAGCUUAAUCUUCAAUUCCUGACACUUCAUGAUUAUUUGCUGAGAAAUUUCAAUCUUUUCCGUCUGGAGUCAACGUAUGAAAUUCGUGAGGAUAUUCAGGAAGCUGUGCCCCACCUUCUUGCGUACAUUAAUAAUGAAGGAGAAUCUUCUUUUCGUGGUUGGUCAAGGAUGGCAGUGCCCAUCAAGGAAUUUAAGAUUACUGAGGUAGGUCAGCCAAAUAUUGGAGAAGUCAAGCCAUCAUGUGUGACAGCAAAGGUUACAUUCAGCAUUUCCAGUUAUAGAGCACAAAUAAGAUCUGAAUGGAAUGCCCUUAAAGAGCAUGAUGUCUUAUUUUUACUUUCUAUACGUCCUUCUUUUGAGCCUCUUAGUGCUGGGGAGGCUGCAAAGUCAACAGUCCCUGAAAAGCUUGGACUUCAAUAUGUACGUGGAUGUGAAAUUAUUGAAAUUUGUGAUGAGGAGGGAACUCUCAUGAAUGAUUUUACUGGGCGUAUUAAAAGAGAUGAGUGGAAGCCUCCUAAAGGGGAACUGCGAACUGUAACUAUUGCACUUGAUACAGCACAGUACCACAUGGAUGUCAGUGACAUUGCAGAGAAAGGUGCAGAGGAUGUUUAUGGGACAUUUAAUAUACUAAUGAGGAGGAAACCCAAGGAAAACAAUUUCAAAGCAAUUUUGGAGUCCAUUAGAGACCUUAUGAAUGAAACUUGCAUUGUUCCUGAAUGGUUGCAUAACAUAUUUUUGGGUUAUGGAAAUCCUUCAGCGGCACAGUGGACAAAUAUGUCUGAUCUUCUAGAGACAGUGGAUUUCAAAGAUACUUUUCUAGAUGCAGACCAUUUGAGGGAUAGCUUUACAGAUUAUGAGGUCUCCUUUGUAAAUCCAGAUGGCACUGAGAAGUUGCAUCCUGAACCUCCCUUUAGAAUUAAACUGCCCAAGGCAAUGAAAGGCAGUUCUCAUGCUCUACCAGGAAACAAGAAGUCUACUACGUCUACAAUGGAUGACAGCAAUAGGGUGGAUGUAUCUUUGGAACGAGAACGACUUACUGUUGAGGCAUAUGUCCCUCCUGACCCAGGUCCUUAUCCCCAAGAUAAGCCAAAACAGAACUCUGUCAGGUUUACUCCAACACAGACUGGAGCUAUCAUCUCCGGUGUUCAACCAGGGCUUACAAUGGUUGUGGGUCCACCUGGUACGGGAAAGACUGAUACAGCUGUCCAGAUCUUGAAUGUUCUGUAUCAUAAUUGUCCUUCUCAGAGGACGUUGAUAAUUACUCAUUCAAACCAGGCUUUGAAUGACCUGUUUGAGAAGAUAAUGCAGAGAGAUGUGCCUGCUCGAUACCUUCUCCGCCUGGGUCAAGGUGAACAGGAACUAGCAACUGAUCUUGACUUCAGCCGUCAGGGUCGUGUAAAUGCAAUGCUUGUGCGACGCUUAGAAUUGCUUGAUGAAGUAGAGAGGCUUGCUAGAACUCUUCAACUGCCAGAGGAUGUAGGCUACACUUGUGAAACUGCUGGAUACUUCUGGUUGAUGCAGGUCUACUCACGCUGGGAGCAAUUUCUUGCUGCUUGUGAGAAGAAUCAAGAUAAUCCGGCAUUUGUUAAAGGCUGCUUUCCCUUUAAGGAGUUCUUCUCCAACACACCAGAGCCUGUUUUUACAGGUCAGUCCUUUGAGAAAGACAUGCGUGCGGCCAAAGGAUGCUUUCGUCAUCUUAAAACCAUGUUCCAGGAAUUGGAAGAAUGUAGGGCAUUUGAAUUGUUGAAGUCAACAGCUGAUCGGGCAAAUUACUUGAUGACUAAGCAGGCAAAGAUUGUUGCCAUGACUUGUACUCAUGCAGCUCUUAAGAGGAAGGACUUCCUUCAGUUGGGGUUUAAAUAUGACAACUUGCUUAUGGAAGAAAGUGCGCAGAUCUUGGAAAUAGAGACCUUCAUCCCUAUGUUGCUCCAAAGGCAGGAAGAUGGCUAUGCACGACUAAAACGCUGCAUACUGAUUGGUGAUCAUCACCAGUUGCCCCCUGUUGUGAAGAACAUGGCUUUUCAGAAAUACAGCCACAUGGAUCAAAGCCUGUUUACAAGAUUUGUUCGUCUUGGAAUUCCUUACAUUGAGCUCAAUGCCCAGGGAAGAGCCAGGCCAAGUAUAGCCAAGCUUUACAAUUGGAGGUACCGAGAUCUGGGGGAUCUUCCAUAUGUUCGGGAGCAUGCUAUCUUCCAUAAAGCUAAUGUUGGAUUCUGCUAUGAUUAUCAGCUAGUAGAUGUUCCAGAUUAUCAUGGGAAAGGUGAGAGUGCCCCGUCGCCUUGGUUUUAUCAAAAUGAAGGGGAGGCAGAAUAUAUUGUCAGUGUAUAUAUGUACAUGCGUCUACUUGGGUACCCUGCCAAUAAGAUUUCCAUCUUGACCACUUAUAAUGGCCAGAAACUUCUGAUUCGUGAUGUCAUCAAUAGACGGUGUGUUCCGUAUGACUUUAUUGGUCCACCUAGUAAGGUUACCACUGUUGAUAAGUUCCAAGGUCAGCAAAAUGACUUUAUUUUAUUGUCCCUUGUUCGUACACGCUUUGUGGGCCACCUUCGCGAUGUUAGAAGAUUGGUUGUUGCUAUGUCUCGAGCACGACUAGGGGUGUACGUGUUUUGCCGUCGUUCUCUAUUUGAACAGUGUUAUGAACUACAACCUACAUUUCAGCUUCUGUUGAAGAGACCUGAUCGCCUUACCCUAAAUUUGGAUGAGGUUACUCCUUAUACGGAACGUCUUGUGGGAGAUACUGGUAGGAUCCAUUUCAUUGGAGGCAUUGAGGAGAUGGCUAAUCUUGUUAAUUUUCAAAUGCAUCAGUUCCAUCAGGCACGAAUCAUGAGCUACAACUAUAACCAAUACUAUUCAGGACACGAAUCUACAGCCUUUGGUGAACACAAUGGACAUGAUACUAAUCAGAACAUUACAGUGGACAAUGACGGGCCUAUUGGUGCAAAUGAAGAUGGCGAAGAUCAGGAUUAUGGAUCUGUGAAUCAUCAAAAUGGGAAAUUUCCACACAACAGUAUUUCAGAGGGGGAAAGUCAGAUUGCCUCUGAAAAUGAUGGGGAAGGAACGAGGAUGGAAGAAGGUGGAAGUCAGAUGGCCUCUGAAACUGAUGGGAAAGUAACCAGGAUGGAAGAGGGGGGAAGUCAGAAGGCCUCUGAAACUGAUGGGGAAGUAACGAGGAUGGAAGAGGGGGAAAGUCAGAAGGCCAGUGAAACUGAUGGGGAAUUAACGAGGAUGGAAGAGGGGGAAACUCAGAAGGCCUCUGAAACUGAUGGGGAAUUAACGAGGAUGGAAGAGUGAAGGACUAGAAAUCAAUUGAAUGUCCUCUGGGGUCUGAAGCUUGUUGAUAAAGAUCUGUUCAUCCGAAUGCAGAUCUGUAUAUAAUUGUAAGAGAACAGAUUUCAGCCUUGGUUUCUUAUCGAUUCUAUCUACUCUCUUGAGUAUGGUCAUUGAGCCAACUGUACAGCACUGGACCACUUGGGCUAGCUUUGUCAUGUUCAGUUAAUGGUGACAUGAGGCUGCUGGUCACAAUGAUUCUGCUAUUUUUGAGGAGACAAGCUCAGCCUUGUGAUGUUCGGAUCAUAUUUUAAGGUGCGUAUGAAGAAAAGUCUAAGGGAAGAUUAAAUUUUGCUGAUUUGGCUGCUGUAAUGGUGCUGAUUGAGAUAUGUUUAAGUGUACCAAGUAAAAGAAUUUAUGUUGUGUGUAAACUGACAAAUUGCAGCUUGAAGGGAACAUCAUUUAGGGCUUAACAUAUGGAACUAACACACGAUAUAUUAUUAAACAGUCUUAGUUAUUUGCAUUUCUUUUCU